AUGCUGUCCUUGGGCCUCGCAGUUGUGGCUAUGCUCCUGCAGGAAGGAAGUGCUGUGCUGUACAACUGUUCCUCUGAAUAUGAAAGGAUUCCAGGUAAUAAGGACUUGGCGGUGGACUGUGGGACCAGCCUGAUAAAUCUCGAGGUGAACCUGUGCACGGCGCAGUGGGCGGGAGUCGACCCCUCCGACCUGUCUCUGAACGGCGAGCGUAACAACAGCCUGUGCCGGGGCGUGGUCGACACCAGCGUGGACCCCGCCGUCAUCCGCUACCAGCUGCCCGUCAACCACAGCCUGGAGAACCCCUGCCGGCAUUCCCUGCAGAUUGUGGAUGAGACUCCAGGGCCCGGGGUCUUCAGCUCCUUCUCAAACAUCCAGUCGGUGGUCAUCACAGGCUUCAUCGACACGCCUCGCUCUUCCUCUGGCCUGAUCAGCUACACCACCGACCUGUACUACCACUUCUCCUGCCGCUACCCUCUGGAGUACCUGCUCAACAACACUCAGAUAGUCGCGUCCUCAGUCUCUGUGGCAACCACCGGCAACAAUGGCAGCUUCCUCAGCACCCUCAGCAUGAGUGUGUACAAUGACACCGACUACGGCUAUCCGCUGGUGGUGCCGGAGACAGGCCUCACCCUGCGUACAAAGGUCUACGUGGAGGUCAAAGCCACAAACCUGACUGGAAGUUUUAACCUGCUGCUGGACCACUGCUUUGCCACCCCUUCACCUUUCAACGUCUCCAGUAAUGAAAAGCAUAACUUCUUCAUUGGGUGUACUGUGGACCAGAAGACAACAGUGGCGAGGAAUGGGGUCGCCACGAACGCUCGCUUCCUGUUCGAGGCGUUCCGUUUCCUGGAACAUCGGCAGCAGAACAAGUCCAGCCUCUACCUGCACUGCAUCGUCCGACUCUGUGAGCCCAGCAAGUGCCAGGAGCUGGUGAAUGUCUGUAACAGAAGGAGGAGGAGGGACCUGGAGCCAUACGGGUACGAGGCCAGUGAUUCCACCGUGGUCUCAGCGGGCCCCAUCUACACCAGGGACCUGGGUGGUGCUAAAGAGUCGACAGGAGACCAGUCCGGCACCAUAGCGCUGGCGGUGGGGCUGACCGUGGCCUCUGCCGGCACCGCUGUGAUAGGCGCAGGGGGGUGGUUGGUGGCCAAGAAGCUCCACUGGGGAGGCACCCUGCUACGCGCCUUCAACUGA